AUGACGACCACCGACUCCUUCUGCGAGAAGCACUUCCUCGGCAUCGUCAUCUUCAUCACUUCUUUCUCUCUCUUCUUCUUCUCCUCCAUCGCCGACGACAGGAAUAUCCUCGUUCGUCAAAUCGCUCCGGUCGUCUCGCUUGUGGACCUCUACUUGAUCUUCUUCAGCAGGCAGGCAGUGACGAAAGUCACCAGCACCGUCACCUCCCCGUCUCCGCCUCCGCCUCCACCGAAGCAAGAUGAUCCCGCUCCGUUCUGGCAGCUCUCACCAUUGACGAAGACUGUGCUUUCAAAACCCUCUGGUGAGUUCCAAAAGAACAGGAAGAAGGUCGAGGCUAGUCAGCGGCAGCGUCUGGUCGAGGAAGGAGAAGGCGUCCCAGCUAAGCAGACGACUUUCCGCACGCCACCGAAUCUUCGUCGGGCUGCUGUGCUGAGAGCAACGUAUGCAGAAGCAGGAUGGCAUAAGUCUACUGCUCCCAUUCAGGCAACUCCUCCACCAGUGCAGACGACUUCCACGGCUACAGCAGCAACCACACCCGCUCCAGCUCCAACCACUUUCCCAGCGGUAACGACCCCCGUUGUACCACCAAAGGCCGCUCACAUCAGUUUUGAGAGCAAUAAGGCGCCUGAGAAGAUCACCAGUGGAGUGUUCGGCAAAACCAAGGCUUUCCCAUAUGGCACGAGACUUUAUGCCGUUCACACGAAUAUGCAUGAGCAGAUGGACGCCCAGUAUCCUCGCUACCUCGAGACGGCGGAGUCGUUCAGCGGUUUUGGCGACUCUUUGCCUGGCAAAUGCAACUAUUGCGACUACGAGAUCCCUCUCCAGACCGAACGCAAGUACAUCUCCAAUAUCAUGGCUCGCAUCCACUUCUGGAAAGAUACCACCACAGCAGAGCUCCAGGCAGGAAAGAUCAAGGCCACCAGUCUCCAGAUCGGCCAAGACUUGGCUACCUAUCAGCCACUCAAUUGUAUGGCAGAGGAGAUCACCGCCUUUUGCUUCUUCAUUGUCCUCUGGUGCACCAAAGUCGACCCUACAAACACCCCAAAGCGCAUCCCAGAUCUUCUGAAGCUGCAGAUCCGCGAUCUGGAAGCUUUUGGCCUAGACGGCCCUAAGCUGACUGCUCUCACACACCUGUUCUUCCAGAUCUGCCAGGACUAUACCAAUUAUGCUGUCAAGGAGUACACGGACGCUUUGCAGACUUUACAGAAGACGAAGGCUUUCUUUGGCGGUUGGCCCGAUACUGCACGACGUUCUGUCUCCGGCAUGAAGCCUGUAAUUGCCUCUCUUCUAGUGCAGAGUGAAUUCUGCCAGAUCCAGAAUUUUGGCGAUGUCCGUACGACCGUGCUGCUGGCUGCUGCCGCUGCUGUUGAGAGCGGUAUGGGCAAGGAUUAUGGAACUUCACAGCAGAACGGGGUCGCGCAUCCAGUAUUGCCUGUUCCAGGCAGUGCCUAUGCAUGCGACAUUUCGUCUUCGAGCUCGCACGUCUGGCCACGGACUCAGUAUGACGCUGCAUCAGCCACGCCUGCACCGGGCCGCACUUUGAAGAGCAGUAUUCAAUCUUCGAAGCCUUACGCCGCGUCACAAGCUGAGUAUGCCGCUACACCAGCCGUGCCUGCAUCGAGCGUCACUUUGAGAGAUAAUGGUCCGUCCUCGAACCGAUUCGCCUUACCAUUGACUCACCACGAUGCUGCACCAGCUGUGCCUACACAGGGCAGCGUCUUGACGAGCACCAACUAUGGUCAAGCCUCGAUAGCGUCCGACACUUCCGUCGCUACCAACCAGUAUCAGGAAAAUGGUCGGAGCAAGAAGAGUAGAACUGGAGACCCCGCAGCUAGCACUGGUACUAGUAACUCGGGCAACACUUUGCCAAGUCAGCACUUUCGUACCCAGUCGAGCGCUGGUCCGCUGGCUGCUGCUGUGCCAUCGCGUACUCCUCAGCCAGCCACAACGCCCGCAAACACGGCCAAAACAGCCAGUGGUUCUAGUCUGCCUGGCAAUAGUGAAGGCUUGACGAGCGGCUACAGUCAGGGUCGUCUAAACAUCCUGGCACCACCAUCUGGGACCAGAUCUCCGCAGCAACCGAAUACGAUCGAAUACUCUGAAAAGAAGCUCAACGACUGUGAUGGCCUGGGCCAGACUUACGACGAACUGCGGUAUAUACUCAAGACCAACAUCAACGACCUGGGUAAGAAGAGAUUCUCGGGCGUCAAUCUCCAGGAUGACGCUGAGCUGAAGAGAUUGAUCGUUAGCUUCCGGAAUUGGUGGGCCGUGUUCGCGAAGUGGUUGAACUAUGAUCACCCUGAUGCGCCGAGUAGCAUGGCGCGGCUACCCAAGGACAUUCAUUCUCGCGGUCUGGUCUUUCCCGAUGAAUUGCGGAGCAAUUACGACGAUGUAUGGCAGAAAGUGAACGCUGCUGCGCCCUACAAUGAGAGGUGUAAACAGUUGCUGCUGGCUUGGGCUCCUAUCCAUCAGUUAUGGAAUUCCUAG